UGUUUUUUUAGCCCAGGAGGAGGGAAAUGCAGCUGUGAGGGGUAUAAGGCUGCUGCAGGCCAACCUUAUUUAGCAAGUCAGCACUUGGUGGAUGGGUUGCACAAACAGCACUUGGCUCGGGCCCCGUCUCUGGGGUAUAUCCAGGCUUUGUCCAAGUCUUGCAGAUGCUAUGUCAUUAUUUACUUAUUUUUAAGAUACAGUUUGGAAGCACAAACCCUGUUGUGUAAUUUCCCAUUCGUGCCCGCGGUGAAACCUCUGCCCAGUUUCUCCUGUGUGUCUUAACUGGCCGCAGCAGCGUUUUCCCUGCCCUUGGCAGAUAAACUCUUCCAGCUGCAGGCUGCGUGGGAGCAUCCCUGCGCUGCUGCCCGCCCCGCCAUGCUUCGCCCAGGACGCCGCCUUGCUUGCAUCGCUUCACCUAGUGCCUCAGCCAUACAUUAGGGGAUUACCUAAUGUAUGGCUGUCGUUACCACCUAUUUAUUUUUUGUAUUUGAAUUUUGUGUUUGAGCCAGCCCACCAUGGCAGCAGCUGAGGCUCUGACCCCCGUGGUGAUGUCCAGCCACUCCGGUGGCACCCCUCUGCUGUUGGUUCUGCCUUGGGGAGGUGAGGACCGGAGCGGACGGGCUCUGGAUGCACGGUGGCAGCCCGGGAAGGUCAAAAUCAGCCUCCUGAGCUAAGCUGCUGAAGAGCAACUCCUGCUGCUUGGCUUCGGCAUCACCAGCAUCCUUCAGCAUCACCGAGGCAUCACUGAAAUCCCCCACCUGCCUCCAAAGAGUGAGGGAAUAUUUGAUCUUUGCCUGCCCGCAUGGCAUAUGGCUGCUGUUCCAGCUGGCAGGGCGGAGGGGCUGGCAUAGUUGUUUGUGCCACCGAAGCGAAGGAGAGCUGGAUGUCACCUGCUGGUUUACGGUAACUGCGCCCAGGGCAGUUCCCUUCCUCAGCAGCAGCUUUUAUGGUGAUUAUUCAGUGGGGCUGCAGGGAGGACAUUGUGGAGCUUCACGGAAACAUUUUCAGACCUGAUCUUUACACAUAAAUGAUAAAAGCAGCACAUUUCCCCUUUCUGAGAGCAAACGGGGACUGAAGGUUGGUCUGGCUUUGCCACAGAUGGGCGAUGGGGUCUGUUGGAGUCAUCUGCCAUGUCUGAGCCACCGCGUUUAUCUGAGCUUCACACCUCACCGAAGAAGAUUGGUUGGAUUCCCACCAAAACCAAUGGGCGCCUGGCACACAAACACCGGGCGCUUUGCAAAAGGGGCUGGGGCCGAGGGUUUGUGCCAGAGGGAAACAUGUGCAGCAGAGCCAGGCGUCCCUGGCAUGGCAAGGGCGAGAGCUGGGGCCAUGAGUGAUGAUGGAGAAAAUUAAUUUUUAAUCACCAACCUCCCAUCCUAAGUAACCUUAGGUUACCUCUGAUUCCCUGGCUAAGCCAGGGAGCGAUGCCAGCGGGCAGGGAGGUGGGUAAAUGCCAGCUCGUGUGAAGGUGUGGCAAAGGUCUGACCGAUCUGCUCACGUAUUGCCCGUUUUAUCUUCCAGCGGAGCUGAGUCCCUCUCGUCAGAUGAAAAAGAGGUGGCGGCCGGCGGUGCGGAGGGAGAGGGCUCAGCCGAGGAGCACCCAGUGGGAGAGGAUGGUUCCGAAAACAGCUCCAGCAGUAGCUCGGAAGAGGAGUCAGAUGCGGAGGAGUCGGAUGGAGGAAGGUCGGAUGAGGAACAGGAGGAGAAGGAACCGCUACCGCGCUGCAAUGAAUCAGGAGUGAACUGUCUGCCACCCUGCGAGCACUGCAGAAAUGUAAACGACCAGAAGGAGCAAGUGACCCCCAGGAGACUUGCUGGAGGACAGCAUGUGGUGCAGCUGGACACCGAGGGGACUUACCAGUGCAGCCUCACGGGCUUGAUUUUUGAGGUCACGGAGGCCGUUAAAAUCACAUAUUCCCUCUUAUCCUGGAGCAAAUACGCCAACCUCGUGGAAAAGCCGUGGAUCGUGGGCGGCCCUCUCUUCGACGUGCGCUGCGACUCGUCCUGCGCUCUUACCUCCAUCCAGUUUCCCCACUCCCUCUGCCUCGGCGAUCAUGGCGCUGGCAUGGCCUUCAAGGUUUUGCACAUCAAAGGCGAGGGCGCAGCCAUCGAGCCCUCCGCCGACUACUCGGCCUCGCACGUGAAGUGGCUGGUGAGCUCGCUCUCGCCGGUGGGACCGCUCAUCCAGAGCCAGGAGCCCGUGCAGUACCACGGCGCCGUCAUCCUCUACAAAGUCGUCGACCAGCAUCCCUCCUUAUCCUUUCGGGUCUACGUGGCUACAAACAACGACUCCUUUAUAAAGGAUAUCGCAAGAGCUGUAAAACAUUCAAAUAAGAAAUUCAUUAAAAUUGACAAGCCCCCUGUAUGCCAAAAAUUGCUACAGAACGGAAAGAGGUAUAGAUUAGUUUGUGAGCCAGAAGCUGAAAUAACUCCAGAGGAAAUUGAAUUUGUUGACGGAUCUCUCUUGAAACUGAAAAGUUACAUUGAAGUCUAUUUGGAGAAACCCGACGACUUCACCUUGUCUUUGGUUGAGCUGGAGUCUGAUGCGACCGUAUGGAAGGCAAAGCUACGAGAGAGUGACUGGAUCCAUUACGAUCAGAACAAAAACGAGCAGAAAAGAAGCGCAGCGGGUGUCAAAAAACGGAAAACAGCCCUCAGCGUUUCGGAAGAAGAGGAGCUCUGUAGCAAAAAGCAGAAAACCGGCAACACUGAAGAUGGAAUCGAACCAAAAACCUUAACUGAUCGGCAGCUGAUGGUGAUCGCAAAGUUGUUUGGUCGGCAGUGGAGAGAAAUCGCCAUUGAGUGUCUUCAGAUGGAAAUGAAAGACAUUGAGCAGAUUCAGGCAACGGAGGAAGAAGUUAACAUGCAAAAGUUUCUGCUGUUAAGCAAGUGGAGAGACAGAGAAAAAAGCAACGGAACUGCAGAAGCUUUGUACAGAAGUCUCCAUGAAAAAGCACCCUAUGAGAUACUGCAAGCCCUGCAAGGUUUCUCGGAGGGAUGCUGAGCGGGUGAAGCCGGAGCUAGGAGUGCGGUGGGAGCGAAGCUUCUCCGGCCGCUUCCCUGGGAUCCCGCUGAGGUUGGGGAAGGAAGAUGCAGGGCAUCACCACUCAGUGGGCUGCGUAGGCAGGAUCUUCGCAAGAAAUGUGAAUAACGAAAUUUGGCGCAGCUAUAAGCACACGUCGGGCUUUCAGGAGCAAUCCCUCACGCGGUGGAUCCCAGCAUCGCGGCGGGGGGAAAACCCAACACUGCCACCCAGCUUUGUCCCAUCUGAGCCAGUCCUAAAAGACAUGAACACUGGAAAAAAACAGUUUACCUUAUUCAGGUAUAUGAUCGUUGUCUGGAAACGUUCUUAUUGACAUCAGGGAAAGACAGGGAGAAAAGUUAUGCAGGAACUUUCAUCCCCUUAAACAAAAAAAAAAAAUUGAACUGCCAAAAUCAUGAGGUCCAUUGUAUUUCUCACAGAUGCCCAAGAUCAGGGAAGAAUAAUCCUAAACUUGCAGAUAAUUUCCUUUGCGUAAUCACUGUAUAUAUACAUAAUUACUGUAUAUACUUGUGUACAUUCAGUCCUUGUUAAGCUGUGGUUCUGUCUUCUAAAAACCCGAAGGCUGGUUUCAUGGGCACACCACUAUUAACUCCAGGCAGCUUUGAAUUUUCCCUGGGAAUUUCUUCUUCACUCUUUUCUGUAUAGUCUGUCAAUUUUUAUGAGAUAAUUUUUUACGUUGUAUAAUUUUUUUUGUAUUAUAAACUUUUUAUAAUUUUUUUUUUUUUUACUUGAUUAAUUUUAACUUGAAUAGAAUUAGGUGCUUAAACAAAAAUGGGAGAAGCCAAAAUCUCUGCGAAGGCUGUUAUUCUCUCGGCAGUGCGCGUAUGACAUACGACAGAAUUGGAAAAGAUUUGGAAAUAAUGUUAUUUGCGGAAGAGAGCGGUGACCUGAUAUGGGAGAUUGUCUUGUUUUUAAAGACACGGGGUUCUUUUGAUCAUCUUCCUCUGCAUAUGUUUAUGAAAGAAAAAGCAUACUUUUAAAAAAUAAGGAUUAAACCGGAAACAUUUACACUAUUUAUGUAUGAUUUUGGAUUUUUAAAGAAAUUUUAUUUUAGCUAUUGGAUGAAAUGUUGCAAGAUUGCUGUAUGGUGUGGGCCGUCUUUCCAAUCUUUGCUGCCCCACUGCUAUGUAGAUCCCGGGGGGUGGCAGAUGAAAAGGGCUGUGUUGGUGCUCAGGACCCUGCGGGCUCUGCUGCCGAAGGGGAUUUUAGGGGAAAAAAUUGCUGUGGGAGGCAGGGAGGCUCGUGUGGGGCUCUCCAGCCCCAGGCAGAGCUGCCCCUGGCUCCUCUCCGGGACAAGUGGGGCGAAAAUUGACAUCAAGGGAACCGUUAAAAUACCUGAUAAAAAAGGAAGUUCUAAUAGAAUCCUCUGGUCAAAAGCAGAAUUCAGUAAAUCUAAGCUAGAAGUAGGAUGUUUAUUUAUAAUAAUGAGGGUAAUUGGAUAACAUAGCAGACGGUCAAUGGAGAUGAUAAGGUCUUCAACCUUCAGGUUCUUUAAAUCAAAAUAAAGAAGCCUUGUUAGAAAAAAAAGUAUGUUGUAUUUCUGUGCUUUUCAGUUUGGCUUUGGCCAGUUCUUGCAGACAGAAGGAAUUAAACCAUCACGGUUCCAUCACGGCACCAAAGCGUGAGGUUGC